UACUAAUGGACCCGGCCUUGGCGGAGGCACGUCCUGGGCAGGAUCGAAGUCCUAUCUGCCCUGCGGCCGGAGGGACUAGAUCAUUAGUGCGACGAGCAUAGACGUCUGGAGCCCGGCCGGCCCGAUCAAUUUGAGGUUAUAGAGCGGCACACGCAGUGGGGGCUGGACCUGUUGGACAGAUAUGUGAAGUUUGUGAAAGAGCGGACCGAGGUGGAGCAGGCUUAUGCGAAGCAGCUGCGGAGCUUGGUGAAAAAAUAUUUGCCCAAGAGACCUGUCAAAGAUGACCCUGAAUCCAAGCAUGAUGACCAUGACCUUGUGGGGCUCAUGUGAAGAUUAACUGAGUUAAUGUGUUAAAACAGUGCCCAGCCCAUAGUUCAGCCAGCAGCAGUCCUUUGUGCAGAUUCUCCAGGAAGUAAAUGACUUUGCAGGCCAGCGGGAGCUGGUGGCGGAGAACCUCAGUGUCCGUGUGUGUCUUGACCUGGCUAAAUACUCACAAGAGAUGAAACAGGAGAGAAAGAUGCAUUUACAAGAAGGCCGUCGGGCCCAGCAGCAGCUGGAAAGUGGCUUCAAACAGUUGGAGAAUAGUAAGCGUAAAUUUGAGCGUGACUGCCGGGAGGCGGAGAAGGCAGCCCAGACCGCAGAACGGCUAGACCAAGAUAUCAAUGCCACAAAGGCCGAUGUGGAGAAGGCCAAGCAACAGGCCCACCUUCGGAGUCACAUGGCAGAAGAAAGCAAAAAUGAGUACGCAGCCCAACUACAGCGUUUCAACCGAGACCAGGCCCACUUCUAUUUUUCCCAGAUGCCCCAGAUAUUUGAUAAGCUACAGGACAUGGAUGAGCGCCGGACCACCCACCUGGGGGCUGGGUAUGGGCUGCUGUCAGAGGCCGAGCUGCAGGUGCUGCCCAUCAUCACCAAGUGUUUAGAGGGCAUGAAGGUGGCUGCCGCUGCCGUGGACACCAAGAACGACUCCCAGGUUCUUAUUGAGCUGCACAAGUCAGGCUUUGCCCGCCCAGGCGAUGUGGAAUUUGAAGACUUCAGCCAGCCCAUGAACCGUGCGCCCUCGGAUAGCAGCCUGGGCACCCCCUCAGAUGGUCGGCCUGAGCUGCGAGGCCCGGCCCGUAGCCGUGCCAAACGCUGGCCCUUUGGCAAGAAGAACAAGCCGCGUCCUCCACCCCUCUCCCCCCUGGGGGGCCCCAUGCCCUCGGCAUUGCCUAAUGGACCCCCGUCCCCCCGCUCCGGCCUCGACCCCUUGGCCAUACUGAGUGAGAUCAGUAAGUCGGUCAAACCGCGGCUAGCAUCCUUCCGCAGCCUUCGAGGUAGCCGUGGGACAGUGGUGACUGAAGAUUUUAGCCACUUGCCCCCGGAGCAGCAGAGAAAGCGGCUUCAACAGCAGCUGGAGGAACGAAAUCGUGAACUCCAGAAGGAGGUUGACCAGAGGGAAGCCCUGAAGAAAAUGAAGGAUGUAUAUGAGAAGACACCCCAGAUGGGGGACCCCACCAGCUUGGAGCCCCAGAUUGCAGAAACUCUGAACAACAUCGAACGGCUGAAAUUGGAAGUGCAGAAGUAUGAGGCUUGGCUGGCAGAAGCCGAAAGCCGGGUCCUGAGCAACCGGGGGGACAGCCUGAGCCGGCACACCCGGCCUCCGGACCCCCCAGCUAGCGCCCCACCCGACAGCAGCAGCAGCAGCAGCAGCAGCAACAGGGAAUCACAGGACAACAAGGAGAGCUCUGAAGAGCCCCCCCUGGAGGAAGGCCAGGACACCCCCAUCUACACAGAGUUCGAUGAGGAUUUUGAGGAGGAACCUGCAUCCCCUAUAGGUCACUGUGUGGCCAUCUAUCACUUCGAAGGGUCCAGCGAGGGCACCAUCUCCAUGGCUGAGGGUGAAGACCUGAGUCUCAUGGAAGAGGACAAGGGUGAUGGCUGGACUCGGGUCAGGCGGAAACAGGGAGGUGAAGGCUACGUGCCCACCUCCUACCUCCGAGUCACGCUCAACUGAACCCUGCCAGAGGUGGGAAGAGGGAGGCUGUCAGCUGUCGGCUGCUGCUUCUGGGCCACAGGGGGGCCCCCAGGACCUACGCACUUUAUUUCUGCCCCCGUGGCUUCAGCUGAGACCUGUGUAACCUGCUGCCCCCCACCUCCACCCCUCACCUCAGAUGGACCCGCUGUGCCUUCUACCAUUGAUGUACAUACUCGUGUUUUAAAUCUUUUCUUCCUGCCACUUGACUAGGGCUGUUUUGUUUUAUAUAUUAAAAAAAAAUGAUGUCAA